AUAUAUAUAUAUAUAUAUACAAGAAUAAUUACUGGGAAUCUAAUAGCGGUCGUUGGCUUAGUAGUUAGUCAGUCAGUCCAAUGGUAGGCUGCUUAAUUUUGUAGGUUUAACAAGGACAUCUUUUGAACCCGGCGGACUAGAGACUUUCUGUACGAAGCUGGUGGUGACUUUUUUGAAUUUUUGCUUAAUUUGGGGGGGAAUUGUGGCAUCAUUCUUGCAUUGAGCCCAGCCAGCGGAGUGGAUAUUGCAUUGGGCCCAGCCCGCCCAACCUGAACUCGAACCCUAAAAUACUUUGCAGUCAUGUCACAGAAAGCUGAUUUGAGAUUGAAAAUAUCCGAACCCUGCUGCACUGCAGUCAAUAAAGGUCAAGAGUAGGCCAUAUACUGAGAAAUAAUUCUCCUCUCUAUGUCAAGAAAGUGAAAGAGGUUGUCUCCACAUAACGGAUAUUUAGAAGCGGAUGAUCGAAGCAGCAGGUCCAACCGUACGUCCAGGCUGUAGAUAAUCGGUGCUGUAAUUCCCACACUAAUCCAAUGGCUUUCCCGUGAAAAAAUGAGUACAUAUAUUCACUGCCCCAGCGGACAAUUCCUACAUUUUCUUAAACUAAAUUCCAACUCUAGUAGUCUUCAGCUAUAAUAUUAAUGGCUGUUCCCCAUCUCCGGCCUCUCCUCUCUCUCCUCUUCCUCUUCUUACUCAGUCCCUUUUGUAACGUUUUGGGUGUUGGAAUAAACUACGGCACCCUCGGAAACAACCUUCCUUCACCAAAAAAGGUGGCUCAGCUCCUUCAAUCCACCCUCAUCGACAAGGUCAAGAUCUAUGACACCAACCCAGAAAUCCUCGAAGCCUUUUCCAACACCGGCAUUGACCUUAUCGUAGCCGUAGAAAAUUAUCACGUAGCAAACUUAAGCGCCGGCACAUCAGCAGCCAACGAGUGGUUCGCCACUCGUGUCGUGCCAUUUAUUCCGGCCACCUCCAUAAUCGCCAUCGCUGUCGGCAACGAGUACUUAACCACAGACGAAGAUCACUUGGAUCCUAAUGCCCUAGUCCAGGCCAUGCAAAACUUGCAUCAAGUUUUGAUAUCUCGUGGGUUGGACCGUAAAAUUAAGGUCACAACCCCACAUAGCAUGGCUGUUCUUGCUUCUUCAUUCCCUCCUUCUGCUUCCACAUUUGCAACCACUCUCCUACCCACCAUGACCUCCAUUGUUGACUUCCUAGCCGACACCGGAGCUCCGUUCAUGGUAAAUGCAUAUCCAUAUUUUGCAUACCGCGACAACCCUGGUACAGUUAACCUAGAGUAUGCAUUGUUAGGAAAUGCCACCGGGGUACGUGACCCUAAGGGUUACAGCUAUAACAACAUUUUAGAUGCCCAAAUUGAUGCAGUUCGAUCGGCUAUCAUUGCACUAGGGUUUGGAAACCGGUCGGUCGAGAUUACUGUGUCGGAAUCUGGCUGGCCAUCGAAGGGUGAGGCCGGAGAGACCGCCGCUACACCGGAAAAUGCUAAGACAUACAAUACUAGGUUGAUUGAACGUGCUCAGUCCAAUAAAGGAACACCCAUGAGGCCUAAGGAUACCAUAGAGAUAUUUGUGUUUGCCUUGUUCAAUGAGAACAAAAAACAAGGGGGUGCAAGUGAGAGAAAUUUUGGGAUUUUUAAUGGGGAUGGGUCAAAGGUGUAUGAUGUGGAUUUAAGCUGUCAAUUUUGUAGCAACACUGGAGAUAAACUAGGAUUUGGGGAGAAAGUAUCUGGUUUGGCAAGGGGGCCAUCUGUUUGGUGUGUUGCUAAACCUCAUGCAGAUGAGAAGGUGAUUCAAGCAGUGUUGGAUUUCUGCUGUGGUCCAGGGGGUGUAGACUGCAGAGAGAUUUAUGAGAGUGGGCAGUGUUCUCAGCCGAACAAGGUUCAUGCACAUGCAUCGUACGCCAUGAAUGCGUACUAUCAGAUGCAUGGGAGGAACUACUGGAACUGUGAUUUUAAGGGCACUGGGCUUGUCACCUUUAGUGAUCCAAGUUAUGGAGCAUGCCGGUAUUCGCAACAGUAGAAGAAGAAAGAUGGAGAGAGAGAGAGAGAGAGAGAGGGGUUGCAAUAUGGUUGACAGCUCUUUCUCAUUACUAUUUACU